UCUUUCAAGGGGCGGGUCCCACAAAAAGCUGUCUCUCUAAAAGGGAGGCUUCGCCGUCGCCAAGCAAUUAACAUAACCAACCACAUUUUGAACCAACAGCGGCAGCCAAGCCAAAGAGUGUGGCGGAAUGGGUGCGUAGGAUUACGAGGGUUUCGGUGCCGGCGUGGGAUUUCUUUGACUGCUCCGGUGAUGCUCGGAGUACUGUGCGCACGCCACAAGCCUUGGAUCCUCGCCACCCUUUCCUUCGUUCACGGUUCGGCGACACACCACCACCUUCACCUUAAUCAUCACCAUCCCCUUGGCACUCCCAUACAGUUCAACGGCGGCGGCGACGAUCAUCGCCGGCGUCACCACUCCAGGGCCUGUCGCCAAGGUAGCUCGGGCGGGGGCGCCGCCUCCAUAUGGCACGCGAUCCUCCCUUCAGGCGGCGACCGUCGCAGCUCCCUCCGACCGGCGUUGCUACACGACCAAAAGGGUGAGGGAUCGUGGAACGUCGCGUGGGACGCACGUCCGGCUCGGUGGCUCCACCGCCCCGACUCGGCCUGGCUCCUCUUCGGCGUUUGCGCAUGUCUCGCGCCCUUGGAUAGUUUCGACGUGGAUAACGAGGUAGUCGCCGUCGAUGAUAAAAUCGAAGGUUGUAAUCCAGUCAAUGAAAUCUCCGAUGAAAACAAUAACAGCUCCGCUGAUUACAGAGUCACAGGGGUUCCGGCAGAUGGAAGAUGUCUAUUUAGAGCAAUAGCUCAUAGUGCUUGCUUGAGAAGUGGGGAAGAAGCUCCUGAUGAGAAUCGUCAAAGAGAACUUGCUGAUGACUUAAGAGCUCAAGUUGUAGAUGAGCUGUUAAAGAGGCGUGAAGAAACAGAGUGGUUUAUUGAAGGCAAUUUUGAUGCAUAUGUGAAGAGAAUUCAACAACCUUAUGUUUGGGGUGGAGAACCAGAGUUGAUAAUGGCUUCUCAUGUUCUCAAGAUGCCGAUAUCAGUCUUCAUGAUAGGCAGGAGCUCAGGUGAUUUGAAAAACAUAGCAAAUUAUGGUAAGGAGUAUCGGAUAGAUAAUAAGAGUCCAAUCAAUGUGCUAUUUCAUGGAUAUGGUCACUAUGACAUAUUGGAGACUUUCUCAGAUCAUAGUUUCCGGAAAUUAGAAUGGUAGAAGUUGGGUAUGGCAUAGACAGAUUUCAUUUUCUGGACCAGUUAACUCAAAAUUUCUCUAGGGUGAGUUCAUUUUUUUAGAGGAAUCAAGGUUCAGCCAAUUGAGAAUUUCAUGAGGUUCAAAUGUUCAAUCUAUUUCCUGUACUGGCCUUGGUUCAACGAACAGUGUUGUUGACUGUUGAAGAUUUUCUUUUUCAUUUUUCCCUCUCAAGAUCAAAAGGUUUAUAUUCGGAAUAAUUUGGUCUUUUAGCAUGUUUGCAUACAGUGAUUUUUGCUGUUCCCCCACAAAGUUGUAGAAAAUUGGUAUGACAUUCUGUCUUCAAGUGUGCUCUGGAGCAAUGCUCUGGUUUGUAAUUGAAUUACUAUCACCAAAUAAAAAACUGAUCACUUUUUUUUUUC